GUAUUACUGAAACCUUGGGUCUAGCAAAAGCUGGGGAUUUUGGGAGUCGUAGUCUUUCUAUUUGUAGCCUAUCAACCAACAGCCAGCAACAUUACGGGCCACAACAGAGUUGCUGUUUGCAACCAGUGCAACGAAAUUGUAAUUAAGAAAUAAACAACAAACGUAGAACUCGUAUACCACUUACAAACAAAACUGGAAACGACAUACUGCUGGAGCCUCCCUACCCCCAUCACAUUUUAAGUUAACUUGAACAUACUACAAAUCCCAGCAAUAUUUGUGACCUCUUAAUAUUUUACGUCUGCGUACUACAAUUAUUUGCCUAUAGGUUACCAUCUUUAAAAAGUACAUCUAAAGCAUGUUAUGGACUAACCGAUGAGGGUGUUGAUAAUUGUUAAGUGGAAGGUCAACUGAAAGCCAGUAUGCUGAUACGUGUACCAGCUAUUCUAGGAUGGCGUCAGAAGUUCCAUCGCUACUAUACUCGUUUAACAUUUACUUUUCUUGUGCAUUGGACUACACCUGCGUGUCUGUCCCGGCUUCAGUCUAAGUCGUUACCGAUAAUAAGGGCAGCCACUGGGGGGCGGCAUGAGUGUGAUUUAUUACUGUAUUCACAGAAGGCAGCAAUAAUGUGGAGUGAGAAAAAAUUGCGCCCUACCACUUGGGGGCACGCUGGUUACCGAUGGGGCUCCAGGAAUGAAAAUAGCCAAAAACAUCAUCUCGGAGAAUUGGGAUUGCCUAUUAUAAUGGCACUGUCUGUGGUUUAUUGCACUGACAAGGGAGAAGACGCCGAAGUGCAAGCUUUAUUGAAUGCAACACGGUCAAAUAACAUCCAGGAAGUCAGCAGGCUGCUUGGAAAAGGUAUAGAUGUGAACUCUCGGCACACCCUCGGUUGGACAGCACUGAUGGUAGCAGCUAUGAACAGAAAUUACAGCAUUGUAAAGCUUCUUCUAGAAGCUGGUGCUGAUCCUAAUGUUGGUGAUGAAUUCAGCAGCGUUUAUGAAUGUGCAAAGGCGAAGGGGAUCCAUUCGUUAGAAGUCCUAGUUACACGAGAGGAUGAAUUCAGCAAUCGUUUGAACAACAGAGCCUCUUUCCGAGGAUGCACAGCUUUGCAUUAUGCAGUCCUGAUUGAUGACUAUCGAGUUGUUAGACAGCUGCUAGAAGCAGGUGCCAGCCCCCUGCAACGAAAUGAAAUGGGGCACACGCCAGUGGAUUAUGCCCGUGAGGGAGAGGUCAUGAAACUCCUGAAGGAGUGGGAGACAAAGUUCCAGGAGCAACAACGAAGGCAGGAGUUAGAGGAGCGCCGUCGCUUCCCUCUUGAACAGAGACUGAAAGAGCACAUCAUUGGUCAAGAAAGUGCCAUAGCUACAGUUGCAUCAGCUAUCCGGAGGAAGGAAAAUGGCUGGUAUGAUGAAGAACAUCCUUUGGUUUUCCUGUUUCUAGGAUCUUCAGGAAUAGGGAAGACAGAAUUGGCCAAACAGGUAGCCAAGUACCUUCAUAAAGAUGUGAAAAAGGGGUUCAUACGUCUUGAUAUGUCAGAGUUUCAGGAAAAACAUGAGGUUGCCAAGUUUAUUGGUUCUCCUCCUGGAUAUGUUGGUCAUGAAGAAGGUGGUCAGCUGACAAAAAAGCUCAAGCAGAGUCCAAAUGCUGUUGUCCUCUUUGAUGAAGUGGACAAAGCCCAUCCUGAUGUCCUUACCAUCAUGUUGCAGCUGUUUGAUGAGGGUCGAUUAACUGAUGGGAAAGGAAAGACAAUUGAAUGUAAAGAUGCCAUUUUCAUCAUGACGUCUAAUGUGGCAAGUGAUGAGAUUGCCCAUCAUGCUCUGCAGCUAAGACAAGAAGCACAGGAGAUGAGCAGAAAGAGAAUAGCAGAAAAUCUAGAUGACAUUCAGAUGGCAGAGAAGAUCACAAUAUCCAAAAAGUUUAAAGAGAAUGUUAUUCGCCCAAUCUUAAAAGCUCAUUUUCGACGUGAUGAGUUCCUAGGAAGAAUAAAUGAAAUAGUGUACUUCCUUCCUUUCUCCCAUUCAGAACUCAUUCAGUUGGUCAGCAAGGAAUUGCAUUUUUGGGCCAAAAAGGCAAAGCAGAGACACAACAUUACCCUGCUGUGGGACCGUGAAGUGAUGGAUGUCCUGGCAGACGGCUACAAUUUACACUAUGGUGCUCGAUCUAUCAAGCAUGAGGUGGAGCGUCGUGUUGUUAACCAGUUAGCUGCUGCAUAUGAACAGGACCUGUUGCCAAGAGGCUGUACUCUGCGUAUCACAGUUGAACAUUCUGACAAGAACAUCCUGAAGAGUGAUUUCACAUCUAAGGAGAAUGGUGCAGCUCCUGUAAUACGCCUAGAAAUAGUUGAUAAAGACAGCAGAAGCAGGAAGCUAGACAUUCAGACUCCACUGAAUCCUGAGAACAUGUUUCAUACAUUAUGAACCUCAGCAGCCUUUACAAAUGCAGAGUUUAGUUGAUCUAGAAGGACUGGAAUGCAAAAAGUAACUUAUAUAAAUCCUCCAGCAAUUAUAAGCCUAUCUGGUUAUGUCGAUGUCUGCAUUUUCCUUUGACUCUUCCAAUAAAGAAAGCAGAGAUAAAUCUUUUUUCUAAUUUACCCAUUA